GUCAUCUUUAUUUACUCGCACCUAGGUUUCCAAUCGCAGGAUGCUUCCACCCUGCUUCCCCUCCUCCCCUGCCGUCCCUAUAUCUUUUGCUCCUUGCUCCAGCCUACCUCUUCACCUACCUUCUCCCUCCCUCCCUCUCUCUCUCUCUCCUCCUGGCAUUGAUAUAGUGGUCUUGCUUGUAGCUUGCUGUCAGGGUCUAACGGUUGCAUGGAAGGGCUGACGGGCGAGCAGAGGAUCGCGUUCCAGGAGGCCUUCUCGCUCUUCGACAAGAACGGCGACGGAUGCAUCACCAUGGAAGAACUGGCUGCAGUGACUCGCUCCCUUGGUCUUGAUCCUAGCGAUCAGGAGCUCAACGACAUGAUGAGCGAGGUCGAUACGGAUGGCAAUGGGAUCAUAGAUUUCCAGGAGUUCCAGAGCCUCAUUGCCAGGAAGAUGAAGGAUGGUGAUGGUGAUGAAGAGCUGAAGGAAGCAUUUGAGGUCCUAGACAAGGACCAGAAUGGCUUUAUCUCCCCAAACGAGCUGAGGACAGUGAUGACCAAUCUUGGGGAGAGGAUGACCGAUGAGGAGGUUGAGCAGAUGAUCAGGGAAGCAGACACUGAUGGCGACGGGCAGGUGAACUAUGAUGAGUUUGUGCUUAUGAUGAAGAAUGCUGAACGGAAGAUCUCUGGAUAAAGGGGACGUAAUGAAACCACUAGUCCUCAGGUUGGAUGCUUCUGCUAUAAGUUUACUGUAAAUUGCAACUGUAUGUUCAGUAUUAUGAUUUUAAGUUGUACGAAGUGUUGGAUUCCCCUAGUCCUCCAUGUGUAACAAGCAUAGCUUUCUGUUUGUAAGGUUGUGAUUUGUUUCAUUCUAGAGUGUUAGCUACGUGACCUGAAAUAGGAUUUUAGAAUUUCCACAGAUAUCUAGCAGUUCAUAUAACAAUGUGCACAGGUUCUUGAAGUUAUGUUAAGAAUACAUAUGUUGUCCUUUGCAAUCC